UCAGAAUAUCCUCAUCUUUAUCCAACGCAUAAAGACACAUUUCAACGCAACUCACGAUGUGCACAUUAGAAAAAGCCGGCAACAUCUUCUAUCUUACGCUUACCGGCAACGACGAGCACCGAUUGAAUCCUACUCUCAUCGCGACCCUCCGAUCAACACUAGCGCAAGUUAAAUCCCAAUCCGUUAAGGGUUCCGUUCUAAUAACCAAAGCCGAUGGAAGAUUCUUCUCCAACGGCUUUGAUCUAAAGUAUGCACAAGCCGGAGGCUCAGCAAAAGCUUCUAUCGAUCGGCUUAGGAGCAUGGUGGAUUCGUUAAAGCCAGUGGUUGCCGAUUUCAUGUCACUCCCGAUUCCAACCAUCGCUGCCGUUACCGGCCACGCUGCGGCGGCAGGGCUGUUGUUAGCGAUGAGUCAUGAUUAUAUAAUGAUGAGAUCGGAUAAAGGCGUGUUGUAUAUGAGUGAAUUGGAUAUAGGGAUGACUUUGCCGGAUUAUUUCACGGCGAUGAUUAGGUCUAAGAUUGGAUCGGCAGUUGCUCGGCGAGAUUUGGUGUUGAAAACGUCGAAGAUUAGAGGAGAGGAUGCGGUGAGGAUGGGAAUGGUGGAUUCGGCGCAUGGUACGGCGGAGGAGACGGUGGAUGCGGCGGUGCAACUGGCGGAGGAGCUGGGAAAAAAGCGUUGGGAUGGUAAAGCGUAUGCAGAGAUCAGAAAAUCGUUGUUUCCAGAAUUGUGCGGAAUAUUAGGGUUGAAAGACGUUGAAGUUUUGCCUUCACACCUUUGAAGUGAGGGCCAUUUUCUUCCCUUUUUUUUUACUGUCAGAAAAUAUUGAUAAUAAUUGUUACUAAUACUACUGGAGUUUGGAAUUAUAUCAUUUUCGUUUCCAAAUACAUGAUAUUAUUUGAGUUUAUUAUAAA